CGGCUCGGCAGCUAGGUUUAUCUGUUUGUUAUCAUGUGGCCACAGUUAACAUUUAGACUAGCAGUCGUUAGGCCGAAUGCAAAAUAAUACAAUCCUAUAUAAAGAAAACAUGAUGAGGAUGUCAACGGGGAUGAGGGACCAGCAGACGUCACCCAGGGACCGGGCAGUGUUCUGGACGGAGUACGUCAUCCGCCACCGUGGGGCACCCCAGCUGAGGUCCCCGGCGGCACAGCUCUCCUGGGUGGAGUUCCUCAUGCUCGACGUCCUGCUCCUCCUCCACCUGGCUCUCUUCCUUCUCGUCUUCAUCCUACGUCGCAUCUUCACUGUCAUCUCUGCUAAAAUCUUCGGCAGUAACGAUAUCAAGAAGAAAACGGAUUAAGUUUUGUUUUGUCGAAACCUGAAAGUGACUUUGAAAUUAAAUAAUAAUAAUAAUAAUAAUAAUAAUAAUAAUAAAAUUAAGAAGUUGAA